AUGCCUCAAGGACCAAAUAUGCCACCUCCUUCAUCCUCACCUCCUAUGAAGGGCCUCCAUCACCAUCAACAUAAAAAUCACCAACAACAAGCACCACUUCAGCAUUUUCCACAGCAGCAAUUGCCACAACAAUUACCACAACAAGCACCCCAACAAUUACCACAACAUACACCACAACAUGUACCCCAGCAAGCACCUCAGCAAAUACCUCAACAAGCACUCCAGCAAGUACCACAUCAGCAUGUACCACAGCAUGGACAUCCCCAAAGUUAUUCUCCAGUACCACAAGGCUAUCCUCAAAGACCACCGCAGUCGUACUCUUACGGCCCUCAACAAGGUUACAACCCCGCUCCACCCCAAGGAUAUGCUCCAGAUCCUUCACAAGGAUAUUCCCAGGGUCCAGUGCAGAAUUACCCCCAAGGACCACAGGGAUCACAAGGACCACCCCAGGGUUAUUCUCAGCCUCCGCCCCAAGGAUAUGCCCAGCCUCCACCCCAAGGAUACCAUCCAGGACCCCCUCAAGGUCAUGCCCAGAACAUUCCACCCGCAAUGCCACAACCAUACCAACAGCAUCCACAACAACCUGGCCAGCCUCCGUACAAUCAGCAAUCACACCCUGGAGGAUUUCAGCAACAGCCUGCUCCUUAUGGGCAAGCUGGACACCAGCGACCACCAAGGAAUACAGCGGGUGAUUUGGCUAUGAUGAACAUGCCUCAAAGUCACAAACACCAUAAAAAUCAAGGGACCAACAAAGCCAGCUUGCGGGCGGCCUUUAACCAGGGUUCCUUUGGUAUUUGA